AUGGACAGCCGAUUCCAGUAAACAUAAAAUAUGUAGGUGAUCACAUUUAAGCCAUACUAUAGAUAUUAUGCCUACGGUUAACCAUAAAACCCAGUGCUUAGGAGAAAGAAAAAGAAGAAGAGACAUAAUAUUUUAGAUAACCCCACUCCGGUACUACAGCAAUACACCCUCAAUCUGCAGCAAUUGGGAAAGAAUGUAUCUUAGACACUUGCAUCAACGACAUAAAACUUUAAUAAGACUCCAAAGAUACCUAGUAGCAACAAGGCUAAGUUGAACGAUAACUAUCAUAACAGCAGCCAUCCCAAUCAUAAUAUGAACAUUUAAUAACUCCCUGAGAUUAUCCAGUCAAAUAUCUAACUUGCAAAUCUCUAAAGUCAAAAAUAGCAAAUGCUUUAGAAUAGCGCUGUAUACUUUAAUAAUCAACUAGAUGAUGAUGCUUACAAUCAGCAAUUUCAAGAGUAAAGAAUAGAGUAACUACUUAAAGAACAAAAGAUGAUCAAGACUCGAGGCUCAUUUUUUAAUAACUAGUAGUUGUAGUAACAAUAAUUUCUUAGUGGUGGAUCUAAUAAUCAGUAUAAUGAUUACAAGCCGAUUGUAAAAAUAAAUCGUGAGUUAGCAAAUAAUAACUCCCAAGUCAUCAAUAUGUCAGAUUUUGGUAUUGAGUUUUCCUAGGAAAGAAAUAAAAACUUGAAAAAUUCAUUCAAUGAAGUCUAGCACAGCAUUGACCACAAAACUUCAGAUGAUGCAGUAAAUUAAAGCGUUUAGCUACAGUCUCAAAAUAAACUGUAAAUCAAUCAUUAGAACUCACUCAGAAAAUAACAAAAUGGAGAUAAGCUGACUGAGAAUAGUCCAAGAUAAAAUCCACCUAUAGAUUAUAAAUUGCCUUAGAUCAGGAGUAACGAUAGCAUUAAUAGGCUGGAUGAUCAGUCAAGAUUAACUACACUUUAAAAUAAGCAAUCUCAAAAUUUUGAUAGUAACAGCCAAAUCGUGGAGGAAAGUAAAAAUAUCCUUAUGAUGGCUAACAGAACUAAAAAUAUGGUAAAGAAAUUUGUUGGUCAUCAAUAAAGAGCAGCAUAAUCAAAAGAUAUAAAUGAAGUGAAAUCAAAUCGAAACACGCAAGCUUUUUUCAACAAUAAUGAGAGGAUUUUUACAAGAGAUUAUAUGCCAGGCAUUUAACUUUAAAACCAAACUAAUCAUAUUGUCAAGCAAGCUGUAAAAAUUGAUGACCCAGCACUAAUACUUACAGAUGAAGAAAAAUAAAUAUAUGGAAAUAGAUUUCCAUCUGGCUACAAAAGAAUCAAAUUGCUAGGCAGAGGAGGAUGCGCUUUGGUUUGGCUUGCAAAGGAUGAAAAGAAUGGGGAUAGAUAAGUCGCAGUUAAGUAAUUUCCAAAAGCUGGGGGAUAGUAAGCGAAUCUUGAGAGCGGUUACAAAGAACUAUAAAUGAACAGGAGAUUUUUCUAAUAUAAUGGAGUGCCAUAUGAUGCUUAUUCUUAAAAUCCAGGCAUCAGUAGUUUAUGCAAACUCUUUGAUAGUAAAGAUGAUAAAUAAGACCUUUGGCUAGUCUUUGAGCUAUGCGGAAAACCUCUGAGCAAAACAAUGUUUGAUGUGAAGGGCGAGUUUUAUAAGGGCGAGAGAAUUUAUUAAGUCUUACAUAAGGAAGACCUAUAUCGAGCUUUGUAAAUAAAUAAGGGGUCUGUAUUCAAAGAAUUUAUCAAGGGAAUGGCAUAAGUGUUGUAUAUGUUUUAGAGUGCAGGAAUCGUUCAUUCAGACUUAAAACCCGAAAACAUCUUAAUAAUCCAUGAUCUAGAUACUGAUGAAGUCAGUUUUAAAAUUAUUGAUCUAGGGAGCAGUUUCAACUUUUAAAAAGCAAAUAACGAUAUAGAAUUAACUACCCCUGAGUAUCUUGCGCCAGAUAUUCUUGAGUAUUUAGACUAGAAAACUGGAAUGGUUUUAUCCGGAAAUGGAUAAAAUGCUUAAGCAGUAGACUUGACCAAGAAAUUGUUCCCAUGGUCAAUCGAUAUAUGGAGUCUGGGAGCUAUUCUAUUAGAGAUAGUUAUCGGCUUUCCUUUAUGGCUUAGCUAUAAAGGAAGAAUAGUGAAAGAGGGAAGACAAUAGGAUUCUGCUUCAUCAUCGUUGUGUAUGACAGGUUUAUUUGGAAUUCAAGGCAGAAUCCCUAAGAAAAUAAAGCUUAAGUAAAUCCAAACUGUGUAAUAACUAAAAUAAAUCUUAAAAAAGCAGUUCUCAAGUGAUCUGUGCCUUGGAUCAUUUAAUACUAAUGAGGACUUCUUAGACUUACUUGCGAAGAUGCUAGAUUUGAAUCCGAAGUUCAGAAUCUCUCCUAAAGAAAUACUAGAGCAUCCAUUCCUCUAAUUAUAAGAUUAACAGUGA